CAACGAAGACGCAGCCAUUUUAUCAUCACUUUUAUUUACAAGUAUGGCAAGCAUUACUGCCAAGAAAAACCAAGCAAAAUUAGCAGAGGGUAUUUACAAACAAACACAUUUCACUAAAACCGAGGUAGAAAAUUUGCUAACCAUAUUUCGUGAGAAAGCAAACCAAAAGGAGAAACUAGAUCGAACGAAAUUUCGUGAUAUACUACACAAUACCUUUGGCAUGACAGAUGAUUUUUUAAUGGAUGGAGUGUUUAGAGCUUUCGAUAAAGACAAUGACAGCAGUAUAAAUAUGGAAGAAUGGAUCUUGGGUCUAUCAGUUUUUCUAAGAGGAACUAUGGAAGAGAAAAUGCAGUAUUGUUUUGAAGUUUAUGACCUUAACAGUGAUGGCUACAUAUCUCGAGAAGAAAUAUUUCAAAUGCUUAAAUCGAGUCUUAUUAAGCAACCAACUGAAGAAGAUCCUGAUGAAGGUGUUAAAGAGCUGGUCGAAAUUGUUUUAAAGUUGGUUGAUCAUGGUAAUGUGGGCAAAUUGUCGUUUAAAGACUUUGAAAUGGUCGUGAAGAAGGAACCCCUUUUACUUGAAGCUUUUGGGCCAUGUUUACCCGAUGCUAAGGCUAUCGAAGGGUUCAACUUACAAUUUACUGAAGCAACGUGACUGCUGGUAGCGAUUGUCAUUUGAAGAUUGUACAUAAUUAUAGUUGACGUUUGCUGAGUGAGGUCACAAAUGUGUAGAGAAUAGAAAUUUUUCAUCCUAAUUUCUGUGUACAUAACUACAAUGUCUUGGAUGAACUUUGUACAAAUACAUGUAAUGUGGCUAUUUGUGUAAUGCAGCCAUUCAUGCAAUACUGUUUGUUUGUCGCCUAGCGACCCUAGUAGGUAUAGUAUUUUUUUGUUGUCUGGAAUGAGAGAGUUAAAAAAUCGAAGUUCGGUAAGUGAUUGGGAAAACGUUUUCCUCCUAAAACGAGCUGUGUAUAAUGGAGUAGUCGGUAGUAUACUCCUCUUCUGUAGUGCCAAGAAU